UCUCUCUCUCUCUCUUUUCUUCUUUGCAGCAUUGUGGGGUUUGAAGGAACUUUCCUGCAUUGAAGCUGCCAGAACAGAGGAAGUAAAGGUACCGAUGGCAGAUCGGUGAUGAUUGCUCCCUGCUUAAUAAGAGAUGUCGUCUUCCUUACCCUGUCUUUCUAAUUGCAUGCAGAAGUGCUCUUUUCUUCUCGAGGUGGAAGCAGGUGAGUUAGGUUCAUUUAAGAGGGGGAGUGGAGAUAGGUUCCAUGAAUUCACAGAUUUUCCAGGUGUAGAAGAUGACUGAAUGCAUGCAGCAUAAUUGAACUUGUUGGAGGGAAGAACUAAUCGGAAUUGAUGAGGAGUUUGGGAAAUUGGUAGAGAGGAUUUCUCUGUGGAUUUAUUGAAGGGGUUUGGGGAAAGUAGAGAAGAAGAAGGGACAGGAAUGGAACCUACACCACAGAAAAGCUUGGAGAGGAUUAUUUCUCAGAGAGCUGUGCAGAUGAGCGCCUCAUUACAGUGCAAAACGUGGGUUCUGGGAUUCUUUUGUGGGAUUUGCAUUGCUUAUCUGUUUCUGUUUGCUUUCAAUCCCUACAAGGCUGCGGAAUUUGGAAUUGGAUUUACGAAUUCUCUUGCAGCAGAUUCUACAAAUUCAAGCUCCUCCUUCAGUUUAGAAGUUGAUAAAAAUGCUGGAUGUGAUUUUUCGAGCAAAGAUACUGGAAAUUCCGCAAAGUUUGAGGGCUCUAAUCAACCAAGUGAUGUGAAUAAAACAGCUUUGCUAUACUCUGCUUGGACUGCCGUGCUUGAUGACUCAAAGGACUCCUAUGGAGAGUUCUUCAACAGAGGGCCAAAUAGAACAAGUUUGCCUAGACCUCCUUAUGUGGAGGACUGCAAAAUGAAUGUAGAAAUCAAUAAAAUUCUUGAUAUGCGUGGAGAAAAUGGAAGCUUGCCUCGAUGGCCAUUAUGGAAGGGGAAAUUAGGCCUGGAGUUGUUUAGAGUUGCUUUCCCUUCAGAGGAACAGAAGCUCCAGGCAGCAUUCCAAAAUGCCAGUCCUCCUUGGGUUUUAGGAUCAGAUGAGGAUAAUUUUCCUCUCACCCGUCUAGUCCAACGGCACUUGUGGAUUCAUCAGCACCCGCAAAACUGCAAUAAACCCAACCUGCGUUUUCUAGUCGCUGACUGGUGGAGGCUUCCGGGAUUUGGUAUAGGAGCCCAACUAGCAGGAAUGGCAGGGCUUCUUGCAAUCGCCAUCAAUGAAAAUAGGAUUCUUGUUACUGGCUAUUAUAAUAGAGCAGACCAUGGCGGCUGUCAAGGUUCAUCACAUGCUCAUUGGUCUUGCUAUUUUUUCCCUGAGGCCGCUCAAGAAUGCCGGGAUCGUGCCAAUGAACUUAUGAAGACUAAGGAAGCUUGGGACGAUCAUAUCAUUACCGUGAAGGAUAACUACACAUCAAAGGAGAUAUGGGGUGGACGAAUUCCCAGAGUGUGGGGUGAACCAUGGAAUUAUUUGCAACCCACAACCGAUGUAGAUGGAAACUUACUCCGGCAUCACCGUAAAAUGGAUCGGCGUUGGUGGCGGGCACAGGCACUACGGUAUCUAAUGAGAUUUCAAAGCGAGUAUACAUGUAGACUACUUAAUGUAGCCCGGCACUCAGCUUUUGGCUUGCAAGCUGCUGAAAUGGUUCUUAGAACUAUUCCGAGUUGGCCGAAGGAAAGUGUGGACAGUUCUCUCUCCGACAUUGAAAACUUUGUUUGGUCAAACCACAAACCAUGGAUUCCAAGACCAAUUCUUAGCAUUCAUGUAAGAAUGGGAGAUAAAGCUUGUGAAAUGAAGGUGGUUGAAUUUGAAAACUAUAUGCAUCUUGCUGAUCGAAUUCGCAGAAAGUUCCCUAAUCUUAACAGCAUAUGGCUUUCCACAGAGAUGCAGGAAGUUAUUGACAAGACAAGAUUAUACCCUCACUGGAAAUUUUACUACACAAAUGUAACACGCCAGAUUGGAAACAUGUCGAUGGCCGCAUAUGAGGCCAGCCUUGGCAGAGAAACAAGCACCAAUUAUCCUCUUGUUAACUUCCUUAUGGCAACUGAUGCUGAUUUCUUCAUUGGAGCCUUGGGCUCAACUUGGUGUUUUCUAAUAGAUGGCAUGAGAAAUACUGGAGGAAAAGUGAUGGCUGGCUAUCUAAGUGUCAAUAGAGACAGAUUUUGGUAGCCAAAGAAAUACAGGAAAUUAUGGGUAGGUGAUGUGUGAAUACAUACAUUUUCUCUUCCAUUUUGUUCUGGCAUGGAGGUGUUCUUUUUGCCCCUUUUUGUGGCCUUAUUAUUAUGUGCGGAGUCCAGAUGGCGUCCGGAGAUCAAUAAAAAUGCGCAAUGUCACCCCAUUGCUUGGUACCGAGCUCGGUACCCCUCGAUAUCGCUGGAUACCCAGUGCUUAAUAGGACGUCCGGUGCCGCACAGAAUAAUAGCUCCUUUUUGUGGGUGUUGCUUAUAAACAGAAAGAAGCUGAGACCAACUUUCAGUGAAAGCAAUGUUAAUAGCUGCUGCUGUAAAUACAAUUUCAUGAUAAUUUUGAUUGUAAUUUUUAGGGGC